AUGAAAAAAGUAAUCAAAGUUACUGCAAAAGAUAUUAAAACGGGGCAAGAAGUUCAACUUCAUUACACGAAAUAUAAAAUAGCAGGCAAUGGAUCAUUUGGAGUUGUUUAUCAAGCAAAAUUACUUCAGACAGGUGAAGAUGUUGCUAUUAAAAGAGUGUUACAAGACAAAAGAUAUAAAAAUCGUGAAUUGCAAAUUAUGAAAACUAUUGCUCAUCCAAAUAUAGUAUCUUUAAAGGCAUAUUUUUAUUCUCAUAGUAAUGAUACAAAUAAGAGAGAUGAUAUUUAUUUACAAUUAGUAUUGGAAUAUAUACCAGAGACGUUAUAUAGAGCAACCAAGCAUCAUCAGUCUAUACCUUCUCUUUAUAUCAAAUUAUAUUUAUAUCAAAUAUUACGUUCAUUAGCUUAUAUUCAUUCUAUUGGAAUAUGUCAUCGUGAUAUAAAGCCUCAAAAUUUAUUAUUAGAUCCAUCAACUGGUAUUGUUAAACUAUGUGAUUUUGGAAGUGCGAAAAUAUUAAAUCCGAAUGAAUCGAAUAUCGCUUAUAUUUGCUCUCGUUAUUAUCGUGCUCCUGAACUCAUCUUUGGUUCUCAACAUUAUACUGUUUCCAUUGAUAUUUGGUCUACUGGUUGCGUCAUGGCUGAAUUAAUCUUACGUGAACCUUUAUUUCCAGGUGAUAGCGGUGUAGAUCAAUUAAUAGAAAUCAUUAAAGUAUUAGGUACUCCUACUAAAGAAGAAUUAUUGGUCAUGAAUCCAAAUUAUAAUGAAUAUCCUUUCCCUUAUAUAAAACCUCAUCCAUUAUCAAAAUUAUUCAAUAACAAGACUCCUCAAGAAUCGAUCGAUUUCCUUAAUCUCUUAUUAAAAUACAAUCCAACAAAAAGAUUAUCUGCUCAUCUUUCUUUAUUUCAUUCUUAUUUUGAUGAAUUACGUGAUCCAAAUACAAAAAUGUUAAAUGGAAAAGAUUUACCCAAUUUAUUUAAUUAUACAAAACAUGUGCUCUCCAUAACUUCAUCACGAAGACUAAUGCAUCCUCAUCCAAAGCCUAUAAAUAAAUAA